AUGGUCGGACUCCCGGGUCACGCUGCAAUGGAUCCAAGGACACGCCUCGAAGUGGAAAACCUUCGUGGCCAACAGGGUCAGGCCCACAUCCAGACGAAACUUCCCGAGGCACGAUGGCGACACAUCCCAGGACGAGACAACCCUGCGGACUGCGCCUCUCGGAGGAUUGAGCCCCGGGAUUUGCUCAACCAUUCCCUCUGGUGGACGGGACCCCCAUGGCUCACCAAGGAUUCAUCGCUCUGGCCACAGCAUGACCACGCCAUACACGACGUCGAGGUGCCGGAGACGAGAGCAGUCGCCUCCCACUUGACGACCACGAAGAAAGCCGAACCAGAGAUGCUCCUCAGGUUCUCCGAUCUCCAUCGCCUCCUGAGGAUCACCGCCUGGUGUUGCCGAUGGCGAGGCAAUCCACCGAGUUCAAAGGCUCACCUCAACCUCACGCCCAACGAGUUAAAAGCAGCCUUGCUCCUCUGGCUCCGCGUGGUGCAAGCUCAUCACUUUUCCAAAGAGAUCAUUGCCCUGAAACAGAACCACACGUUGGUCAAGAGUUCGAUAACGAAAUUAACCCCCUUCCUCGAUGACCAUGGAAUCAUUCGAGUCGGGGGUCGGCUGAAGCACGCUGUGCUCUCAGAAGACGAACGUCAUCCAAUUAUCUUACCUCCAGAGUCAUGGAUGACACAGCUUCUCGUUAGGGCACACCACAGACGAACGCUUCACGGCGGGGUUCAGCUCACUCUAGGACUGCUUCGCUUGCAAUACUGGAUUCCUCGAGGCCGCUCCAUCAUCAAGAGAAUGAUCCACCGAUGCAUUCCUCGCUGUUCCGGCGUUUCACUUCCCGUCGAGGUCUAUGCGAGGAAGUCUACUCCGACUGCGGUACCAAUUUUGUCGGAGCGGACCGAGAACUGCGAUUCCUGUUUCAGGCGUCGUCAUCCGACGGCCGACGCAUCGCUCACAUGGCAGCGUCCGACGGGAUCCGGUAAAAAUUCAAUCCACCGGCAGCACCUCACUUCGGCGGGCUUUGGGAGGCAGCGGUGA